CCAUUCAUUACAUCAUUAUAAUAGAUUGACAAUGGAAAUUUAAUAAUAGAUUAGUAAAUUAUCUAUAAUAUUCAAAUCUAACAUGAAACUAAUAUUUUUCAUAUCUCUUAUAUUAAUCAAUUCCAUAUGGAUCUAUUCAGUUGAAUCCAUCAAAUGUUAUACAUGUGAUCAGUGUUCACUUCCUUUAGAAAUAGAACAUUUAGAAGUAGCGGAUGGUUGUAAAUUUUGUAAAACCAUAGAACAUUCACGUUAUUUCUUAGGAGGUAUAGCAACAAGACAAUGUGUACAACAUUGUAAACCAUUAUCAAAUUGGCUUUAUUGGAGUUAUAAAUCAGUACAAUUUACAGUAAAUUGUUGUAAUCAAGAUUUGUGUAAUACAUCUAAUUUUAAAUCAAUUAAUAUGUAUCUACUUUUAAUUUGUCCUUUAUUAUGGCAAUAUUUUAUUGAUUUUCUUUAAACUUUGGCGCUUUUAUCGCUUAUAUACCCUGAAAUACUUGACGUCAUGGUAAUAAUUUCAAAAUUUUAUAGUAAUUUUUCCCAUAUAUGUUAUUGAUACUGGUAUGUUUUUUUAGAAAACAUUUUUAUACUACUCAUUAGUAAACAGAUUAAAUAUUCGCAAUAUUGUUCCGUUUUUCACGUUUGAUUGUCGUUGAUUCAAUUUUUUUAAAAAUGUUAGCAGAUAUAGCACUAUGACAGUUGAGUUGUCAAAAAGUAAAACAACUUAUCAAUUACCUUUUAUUUAUUAUCUCUAAAUGUUUACAUCAAGAUUGAAUUUUAUUCGCAGCCACUUAUCA